UAUCUCGAAAUUUCCUAUCUUAUCUGUACUUUUAGGUUCCCACCCCCCACUGAAAUAAGUAACAUACACCAUAGGAACCUUCUAGAAUUACCAUUUAUUCCUACCCAUCUCUCCUCCUUCUCCUUCUCUUUCUCCUCCUCCUCCACACCCACCGCUGCAGACGUCUCCUUCUUCGCCGCCGUGCAUCUGCACACCAGAUCUGCAUCAGUAGCUUCGUUAAAGUGAAUAUCCCUGUCUGUUUUCCAGCUCAAAGGUUGAUUUUGGAAUUUAUGGGUCCUCCGGUGCCGCCGGUGGAGCGUAACGGAGGAGAAACAACGGCUGGUGGAGAGGCGCAGAGGAGUGUUCCGACGCCGUUUCUGACGAAAACGUUCCAGCUUGUGGACGACCGCUCCAUCGACGAUGUGAUCUCCUGGAACGAAGACGGAUCUAGCUUCAUCGUGUGGAAUCCGACUGAGUUCGCUAGGGAUUUGCUUCCUAAAUAUUUCAAACACAACAAUUUCUCCAGCUUCGUUCGUCAACUCAACACAUACGGAUUCCGGAAAGUUGUACCCGAUCGAUGGGAAUUUUCCAACGAUUGCUUCCGGAGAGGUGAGAAACGUUUGUUAUGCGAUAUACAGCGCCGGAAAGUAGCGGCAGCUGCCGUUGCCGUGCCCUCCACCGCUGUAACGGCCGCUCCGGCUACUGCUACGGUUACGGUUACGGCUGUAGCAGCCGUUCCUGCACAGCCAUCGAAGACGGUUACACCUUCGAAUUCAGGCGAAGAGCAAGUAGUGUCAUCUAACUCGUCUCCCGGAACAGCCGCGAUAGAUGCAUCGCAAGGAGGAAGUACAUCGGAGCUGAUCGGAGAGAACGAGCGGCUGAGGAAGGAGAACAUAGAGCUAAACAAGGAGCUGAGCCAGAUGAAAAGCCUAUGCAACAAUAUAUACGCAUUAAUGUCAAAUUACUCCGGCAAUAACUCCAACUCCAGCAAUCAAUCGGCGGAAAGCAGCUUGCAAUCCCUAAAGCCGCUCGAUCUCAUGCCUGCCACCGCCACCGCCACCGCCGGCUGCGGCGGAGAGAACCAAACGGAGCCUGACGAAAUGCGAGCGAGACUAUUCGGAGUCUCGAUCGGGUCAAAGCGGGUGCGUGAAGGCGAGGAUGGAUCGGCGGAGCAGGAUCACGAUUUACGGCUGCAGCAGCCGGGGACGGACGUGAAAUCGGAGCCGGAAAACGGCGAGGAUAACGAAGAGUCGCCGUGGCUUAGGCAGUGCCACAGGCAAAAUCAAAGGGUUUGUAAUUGAAAGGGAAGGGAAGGAUGAUGAUGAAUGAUUAGAUCGAUAGAUUAGCUGAGAAUGGCGGAGAGGUGUGAAUCCGUGAUAGGGUCUCUGUACGACUACGAGGAGAGGCACGUGCGACAAUGAGUCACGUGUCUCGGCUAACCUUUGUCUUCUUGGGGUCCAUUUUCCCGAAGCUUCUUAGCCCUUUUUAUAUAUUAUUAUUAUUAUUAUUACCUUUUUCUCAUGUGUGGCAGUAACUACUUUUCGUACCGAAUAACGGAGUUUCGGAGUUACCAUUGCGAAUCAACCCUGAAACAUCUACGCCGUUACGUUGUUGUACUAAUUGUCUGUCCAAUAAUAAUUACAAUAAUAUUGUUUUUAAAA